ACCAAAAUAACCAUUGAUAUAACCGUUGCUACCGCCGUGAAAAAGUUUCUCGAAAACUAUGCUGAAAUCCAUGGACUACCAAGUCCUGGUAGAAAUAUCAACCGAAUUAUCCAAUCGCUUACACCAUUGCCAGCCGAAACGAGUUAUAAAUUGGUCUAUCGUGAUUUUAUUGCAGGUCUCGAAAAUGAUAGCACGUUGAAAUUAUUAAAAUAUGAUGCGUUCCGCAAGUUAUGGCAUCAAUUAACACCUUAUAUUCAAAUUAUGAGUCCAAGAACGGAUUUAUGUGACACGUGCCAACAUUUUCGGAAUGGUUUACAAUGCUCCAGAACAACAGAGGAUGAUCUUGUGACGGGAGGUAAGAUUUAUUAUCUCAGUCCACACGAGAUUAUUGGCAAAGAUCCUAAUGGUACGCUAAGCAUGGUAUUCGAUGGAAUUAGGAGAUUGAAUAAAG